CCUUGGGCCAAUCAAGAACGAGUGCGCGUUUUGUCAUUAAGUAACUUUCUGUCGGUUCCGAUAUGAUUAUGAAGAUGUUUUUGUCUUCUUUGUGGCCGCUUUUGGCACAGCUGAGCCUGUUUCUGUUUGCAGGAGCGGACGCCCGCCUAACCGACCAACAUCUGAGGGAUGCGGCCAGCCUUGAAAGGCCGGAGGGCCCUCCCGUCGCCAGCCGUGCAUCUGGCCUACCCCGGUCAACAGACGAAGAAAAGCCAAAAACUCCAUCAUCGACCCAUGAGGACGGGGCCGAGGAUCAUUUUGCAGCCACGGGGGGAGACGAGACAGACGAAGUGGUCACACAGGAACGACCACGUUUAG